UCUUAGGUACCUGUCGUUGGACUUGUACGGAUUUCGACGAAGGAUUGGUUACGUCGUGAAGGUCGAGUCGGGGUGAAUUGGUCAACAACCUCAUUGAAAGAGCAGGAAAAUCAUAUCGAAACAACACAGCAUACGUUGAGGAAUAGGAACAACUCACGACAAAAAUGGCCAACCUCAACAUCCCCCCAUCCACGAAUACCGUCCGCGUCCGGGCCAUUGAUGCCCUCACAAAGAUGUCCGUCUCAACGGCGGCCUUCAUAACCCCAGUCCUUCCACACCAUACGAUCCUCAACCUCACGACCACAACCUUCAUCCUCGAGCAUGCUCCCUCGAAAAAGACCAUCCUCUUCGACGCCGGCGCGCGCCCAGACUUCGAGAACUUCUCCCCGCGCAUCAAAGCCCGCCUCGACGUCAACGUCCGGGGCCUCCGCGUCGACGCAGACGUCCUCGGCAUCCUCCAAUCCGCCGGAGUCCCACUCUCAUCUAUCGACGAAGUGAUCUGGAGCCACUGGCACUGGGACCACCACGGAUCCCCAGAGCGCCUCCACCCACGCACCAAGAUCAUCGUGGGACCCGGCUUCAAAUCCGCCUUCCUCCCCGGCUACCCCAUCGACCCCGACGGCAUCUUCGUCGCAGCGAACUUCACAAACCGCGACAUCGUCGAAGUCGACUUCUCCUCCCCUACAACGUUGACGAUAGGAGGCUUCCCCGCCAUCGACUACUUCGCCGACGGAAGCUUCUACCUCCUCUCGACCCCCGGCCACGCGAUCGGCCACAUGUGCGGUCUCGCGCGCACAACCCCCUCCACCUUCAUCUUCCUCGGCGGCGACAUCUGCCACUUCGGCGGCUCGUUCCGUCCCAGCGUCACUCACCCUCUCCCGUCUCCUCCGCCGUGUCCGGGCUGCGUUCUCUUCGACGACGUCGACAACGAAGACGGGCGGCGGAGGACGAAGCCGUGGUUUCAAGUCAGCGACGCACCGACGUCAGCGUACCUUGACGCACGCACCGCGCAGGACUCGAUUGACAAGAUGAUGGCGUUCGACGCGGAGGAGGAUGUACUGGUUUGUCUCGCGCACGACACCGAUUUGCUGCGCGUGCUUCCUGUCGUUAACACGGCGCCUGAGAGGGAUUUGAACGAUUGGAGGGGGAGGGGGUGGAAGGAGAGUGUGCGGUGGGGAUGGGUGGGGGAGCUGCCGAGGAGGAGGAAGGAUGACGGGGGGGUGGAGAGUGGGAGGGGGGCGCUGGUGGAGGGGGUUUGGAGGGGGGGGGAGAGGGUUGAGGGGUUUGGGGGGUUGAAGCCUACGAUUUAUUAGGGUGAAGGGCGGAUAUGUGUGUGAAUGCGGGUGUGGGUGUGCAGUUGACGCUUUGUAUACGUGUAGGUCGAAUGGUCGAACGUUCGAAUAUCAUUGUAAGAUGCAGAUAUAGGGGGAUUGGAGAUGGACGCAUAGAGGGCGAAUUGAGAUCAUAGAUACCUAACGACCGAACGACAACACGAGAUGAGGGCGCAGCACAGGACUAGACAAUAUGUUAGAUUUGAAUGUAGGAAGUUCUGAUGUCGUCCGCUUCACACGCAGCCCAAGUGCUUUCGGACUCUACAGUUGCUCAUGGGUUCAACGCAGUGUUAGAGAAGCCAACUCGUGUUAGCUGGCUGUGUUGGUGGAGGUCAAGCAUCGCUGCUCAGGCUUCUCAGGGGUUGAGUAAAGUGGUGGUUUGUCACUGAAAAUGUUUAGUUGAAUUGGAAUUAUGCUGCUGUUAUUGAGAUGAGAAUAUGUAUAGCGGGUGGGCAGUGUGUCUAGCGGGACUUGAU